AUGUCGUACCCUACUCCUGUCCCCGGAAUCGUCUACGGCCGCAUCGACCAGAUCUGGAACACGACGAUCCCUUCCGGGUCGAUGGUGUGUGCUGUGCGCACGCCGGUGCACCAGCUUGUGAUCGACUGCUGCCCCGAGGUAUCCGGCGAGCUGCGUUUCGUGGACGACCAGGCAAACUGCCUCAUCGACUCUUCCUCUUCCGCCGCGCCGUUCGCGUCCUGCCUCAAUAAGCACGACAAGGAAGGCAUGGACUACACGAGCUCGGUUUGCACCGCGACCCCGGAGAUUGUAGAGGACAUGGACCCGGAGCAGGCCGCCAUCGAGGAGGCGGGCAAGGCAGAGAUCCGCGAGGGCCAGAGCCGCUACUCCGAAUCCUGGGCUAAGCACGGAUUCACCUCUCCGAUCAUCAAGGGCGGAGCACCCGGUCAACUCUCUAUGGCUACGCAGACCGCUCUGCCCGGACGCCCGGAUCCCAUCCCCGGAAUCGACUUCGACCCCCUCACCGGCGAAGCGAUCGCUGUCGCGGACGAUGCCAAGGCCGCCGCCCCCGGAGCUGUCCCUGCCAGCGCGGCUCCCCGCUCGAAGCGGGCCGGCACUGUUGUUGCCAUUGCCGCGCUUGCGUUUGUUGUUGUCACUAUGUAG